CCAAGUUGCUUCUUCCUCGUAGUGCCGCAGUCUUAUCGCGGGCGAUUGUGUAGUAGGAAUAGAGAAGAGAAGAGAGAAGCAGAAUCAGUUUAAAAUGAGCUCUUUCUUCUUCACAAAGGUCCCACCAGAGGAACAAAUGUACACAGACAUCAAGUCACUCAAUAAGUUCGACGAGAAGGCGUUUUGUCAACUUGUGGACAUUGUGUUUUCGUUCCUUGUUUCUCCAAAGGAAGGGACAAGGUUCAUGUCUCAAGUUUCUGAAUUUGCUGGCGAACACGGAGUGAGCACAAACGCGUUAAAAAAUGUUGUUAAAAGCUUACUUGGCUUCUUCAAGAGUGCGUUGAAAAGCAACUUGACACCGGCGCAAGUGAAGGAAGAUUUGGAACAUCUCGGUCUCUCAGCUGAAAAUUCUCCUCAUGUCUCAGAGAGAUGGAAAGCAAACCUCGUGGCUCUGUCACGCUCAGUUGUAGGUCAAACAUUUAUGGUUAACCAACUUGUUGACAUGGAAUGGAAAUUUGGAGUGACAGCAGGAAGCAGCGACUUGAAAGUUGUGGGGCAGACUUUUUUGCAGUUAAAGAUGGUUGUGGAUCGUGGAGGCACACAGGAAGAUGUGUUCAUGGAAUUGACUCUGCCACAGUUCUACUCAUUCUUGCAUGAGAUGGAGAGGGCUAAAUCAACACUUGAAUAUUUUAGUUGAGACAAUAAUAUUAUUGACUCUGGUAAAAAAAAUUUAAAAAAGCAAAAAUUGUAAUGAGUUAUUUUUUAUAUAGCUGGAAUUAAGUGGAAUCUCACGCACUCUUAUUGGCUGAUUGAUGGUUGCGUGGCAAUGGCUAAAUCUAAAUAUUGCCUGGCAGGUAACAAUUAAAGCAAUUGUUGUGAGCUCUCCCACUAACCAGAGGUUACUUGGACUUCUUCUUGCCCUCUUGCUUCACACUAAACUCCAACUAUGUAGCAAAACACUUAAUUACUGUUCCCUUAGGAAACAGUUUUGUUUUCCCUCAAAUCUAGAUGUUUGAGGUUCUCAGAGAAACAAAACUGACUGUUUCCCUUAGGACCAGUAAUGAAGUGUUUAGUAAUUAGCAUAGUGAUAUGAAGAACCAAGUGAAUUAAUGACACUCAAUAUUGUAGUUUUCAACAUAUAAUAAUCUUUUCAACCAAGUAAACCCCUUCAGCUUUCUAAAAGGUAUAUAGCUGUAUGCAGAAUUAUUGUGAAAAAGAAAUUAUGAUUUCUUAUUA